CCGAGGUACCCGGUAGGUGCGGGAGGCUGGUGCGGAGCUCAGUGCUCUAAGGAUCGGCGCUUGGACCGGCAAACUUUCUGCCAAGGCUGGAACUGCUACACCCACGACCCCAAACCCAACAGAGGCCGGCGCCCCCCUCGGCGCACACAGGACUGACACUGCCGCCUAGUGGCCAUUCUGCCUCCAACUGCGGAGCGAUCCCUGGCGCUUACCCCAAACAACUGCCCCGUCCCCUGGACUCCCCGACUUGCUGGCACGUCUAAAUACUCCGGGCUGAUUGCGUGGGAAUCUCUCCUAACACCGGUCUCUUGCCUCAUCCCCAGCCUGUGCCCCCCUUAGUGCUGCCCCCACACUGACUCUGGUCCUUACACUAAACCUUCUGUUACACUGAGCCCCCCAUGAUACCCACUGCCCUCAGCCCUCUACUGCCCCCUGGAACCCUUGCACUUCUCCUAGACUGAGCCUCCUGUCAUUUCACAGGCCAAGCUCCCAAGCCCCCUAAUAUGCCCUCCCCUUCCUAUACUCAAUACUCACUUCUGCCCCUGCCAUCCAGCAUUAAUGUCACUGUUACCCCCCAUCAUGCAAUGAGCCCCCUGGCACUGUCCCUCCACUAAUUCCCUGCUGGCAUUUCCCCUAGACUGAGACCCCCUAUUCUGAACCUUCUAUCACUUCCAGUAGUCUGAGCCCUUGGCAGUGGCAUUAGUCUGAUAUCUCUUAUAUAGUAUCCUACUCAGGUUUUACCCCCAGCACUAGAAUUACUGGCAGAUUCUUUCCUAGACUUUUUCCAUUGCCCCAGAUCAAAACUCUUGGCACUGAACUAAUACCCAGCAUUCCAUUUCCCAGUCCACAAAACAUCCCAUGGACUGACAGAGCACCAGGAACUAACCUAUUUCCAAGGAGUGAGUUUACCCCUGGCACUGCCCCACUCUCCAGAUUGGCACUGCCCUGGGACCCCUAUGGAGGGAUCUCAGGAUGGUCUGUACCAGGAAAACCAAAACCUUAGUGUCCACCUGUGUGAUCCUGAGUGGCAUGACCAACAUCAUCUGCCUGCUGUAUGUGGGCUGGGUCACCAACUAUAUGGCCAACGUAUAUGUGCGGGUACAGGAGCCUGUUCCAGGCACCAAGCUGGAGGAGGAUAAAGGGGAGACUAUCCGGAUUAUAGAGCGACUGGACCGACUAGAAAGUGUCAUCAACCAGCACAUUCAAGAAGCACCGCAGAAAUCGGAGGAGGAUGCUGCGGAACCCUUCACUGACUCCUCCCUCUUUGCACACUGGGGUCAAGAUCUGAGCCCUGAAAACCGACGUGCGGCCUUAAAGCAGUUCCAGUACUACGGCUAUAAUGCCUACCUGAGUGACCGGCUGCCGAUAGACAGACCCCUGCCAGACCUCCGGCCAGUCGGAUGCAAAAACCUCACAUACCCAGAUGACCUUCCGCAAGUCAGUAUUGUCUUCAUCUUUGUGAACGAAGCUUUCUCUGUAAUUCAACGAUCCAUUUAUUCGGCUAUCAAUCGAACUCCUGCCAAUCUGCUCAAAGAAAUCAUCUUGGUGGAUGACAACAGCAACAAUGAGGAACUGAAGGAGAAGUUGGCACAGUACUUGGAUGAUUUCAACAAGAGGAAACCUGGAUUUAUCAAGGUGGUCCGACACAACAAGCAAGAGGGGCUGAUAAGGUCCCGGGUCAGUGGGUGGAGGGCAGCGACAGCACCCAUUGUGGCACUGUUUGAUGCACACAUAGAAUUUAAUGUGGGAUGGGCAGAGCCGGUGCUCCUCAGGAUUAAAGAAGAUCGGAGACGCAUUAUCUCUCCCUCUUUCGACAACAUCAAAUAUGACAACUUUGAGAUUGAAGAGUAUCCUCUGUCUGCCCAGGGCUAUGAUUGGCAACUGUGGUGCAGGUACCUCAAUCCCCCCAAAUCAUGGUGGAAACUGGAGAACAGAACUGCACCGAUCAGAACCCCUGCUUUGAUUGGCUGCUUCAUUGUGGACAGACUGUACUUUGAAGAAAUUGGUUUGUUGGACGAAGGCAUGGAUGUCUAUGGAGGAGAAAACGUGGAACUUGGAGUUCGGGUGUGGCAGUGUGGGGGAAGUGUAGAGGUUAUGCCCUGCUCAAGGAUUGCCCAUAUAGAAAGGGCUCACAAACCCUACACAGAAGACCUGGCUCUUCACGUCCGGAGGAACGCUCUGAGAAUGGCCGAAGUCUGGAUGGAUGAGUUUAAGAGUCACGUCUACAUGGCUUGGAACAUUCCUCAGGAGGAUUCGGGCAUUGACAUUGGAGACAUCUCCAGCAGGAAGGCCCUGAGGAAGAAGCUACAGUGUAAGACCUUCCGGUGGUACCUUGUCACCGUAUAUCCAGAGAUGAGAACCUACACAGACAUCAUUGCCUAUGGGGUGCUGCAGAAUUCCAUAAAAACAGAACUUUGCCUUGAUCAGGGGCCAGACACGGACAAUAUUCCGAUUGUCUACAUCUGCCAUGGAAUGACGCCGCAGAGCGUUUACUACACCAGCAACCAGCAGCUGCACGUGGGGAACCUCAAUCCAACCUUAGACGACGAUGACAACCGGUGCCUGGUGGAUGUGAACAGUCGGCCGCGGCUCAUCGAGUGCAACUACGCCAAAGCCAAGCGCAUGAAGCUCUACUGGGACUUUAACCAGGGGGGUCCGAUCCAAAACAAGAAGUCAAAGCGCUGCCUGGAACUUCUGGAAAACAGUGAUAAUGAGUUUGGAUACCAGUUGGUCCUGCAGAACUGCAGUGGACAACGUUGGACGGUAACAAACUAUCAUAAAAACGUCAUAAUAACGACAUAGUUGGGGUGCUCGGGGGCUGUCUUUAGGGGGUGCCGGGGCUUGAACGGCAUUACAUAUAGUGCCGGCAUGGAGAGGGGGCUGGUGAACCCAAACUGGAGCCCCCCAGUGCAGCACAGCCUACUUGGCACUCAGUGGGUUAAGGAGUAAAUACUUGAUUCCUUUGCUACCGUGUAGCAAACGUCAGACAGUUGCCUGCUGGAUUUUUUUUAUUGUAUUAUGGGUGAGUGCGAGGAAAUGUUGUUGGGCUUUCGACUCUUGUUUUCCUACUUUUUUUCUCCAGGUUUUUAGAGGCGCCCAGUGUUGGUGAUGGUGGGAAAUACUGAAAUAUUUUGCAACUUGAAGUGUAAAUAAAUAACAAAUGAAGCUAUUUAUAACAGACAAUAAAGUUUUAUGGAUAAAA